AUGAUGCUGAGUCCGGACCAAGCCGCCGACUCGGACCACCCCAGCUCGGCGCACUCGGACCCGGAGUCGUUGGGCGGCGCGGAGGCCAAGGUGCUGGGCAGUGUGUCGGACCUGGAGCCGGUGGAGGAGGCCGAGGGCGACGGCAAGGGCGGCAGCCGGGCCGCGCUCUACCCGCACCCCCAGCAGCUGAGCCGCGAGGAGAAGCGCCGCCGCCGGCGCGCCACCGCCAAGUACCGCUCGGCCCACGCCACCCGCGAGCGCAUCCGCGUGGAGGCCUUCAACUUGGCCUUCGCCGAGCUCCGCAAACUGCUGCCCACGCUGCCCCCGGACAAGAAGCUCUCCAAGAUCGAGAUCCUGCGCCUGGCCAUCUGCUACAUCUCCUAUCUCAACCACGUCCUGGACGUGUAG